CGCUCUUCGUUUGUGACGAUCUUCGGCCCUGCUGAGGAGCCACCGUGCCUCGCCUUCAGCCUUCAACCCGCAGCCGAGUCCUCGCUGUCGGCGGACGGGAGAUGGGCUGAGGCGGGAGCAGGACCACCCCCAGGCGGCUACUGAGGCCACGAACUCGGGUUUCCUUGCUCCUCUUUGCCUCCGCCCCCCUUCUCCGUUUUUGGGCCCGCGCAGGCCAGGGAAUGUCCCGGCGGCGCCAUGCCUUACGUGGACCGACAGAACCGCAUCUGUGGCUUCCUGGACAUCGAGGAGAACGAGAGCAGUGGCAAGUUCCUGCGCCGCUACUUCAUACUGGACACCCAGCAGGGGAGCCUGGUGUGGUUCAUGGACAACCCGCAGAAUCUCCCGGUGGGUGCAGACUGUGUGGGCUCCUUGAAACUCACGUACAUUUCUAAGGUCAGCGACGCAACCAAGCUGAGGCCUAAGGCAGAGUUCUGCUUUGUCAUCAAUGCCGGGAUGAGGAAGUACUUCCUGCAGGCCAAUGAUCAGCAGGACCUGGUGGACUGGGUCAACGCUCUCAAUAAAGCCACCAAGAUCACGGUUCCAAAAGUGUCCGACGGCACGCAGAACUCAGAGAACCACAAGUCUCUGCAGGACACGGUAGGACCCAAGAAGCAAGUGUCCUAUAAGACGGAGAUCAUAGGAGGAGUUCCCAUUGUGACCCAGACGCAGCAUGAAGGCAGCGAUGGUGCAGAGAGAGCCGAGCGGGAGGCCAUGCACCGCUCACACAGCCAGCUGCCCUACUUCCUGGGCAGGCCGUCCCAGGACCACACGGUCAUCAAGUCGGGCUACUGCGUCAAGCAAGGCGCUGUGAUGAGGAACUGGAAACGACGAUAUUUCCUCCUGGAGGAAAACUCAAUGAGCUACUUCAAGUCCGAUCUGGAGAAAGAGCCGCUGAGGAUGAUCCCGCUGAAGGAGGUUCACAAAGUGCAGGAGUGCAAACAGAGUGACAUCAUGAUGCGCGACAAUCUGUUUGAAGUCGUCACCACAUCAAGGACAUUUUACAUACAGGCCGACAGUCCGGAGGAGAUGCACAGCUGGAUCAAGGCGGUGUCGGGCGCCAUCGUGGCCCAGCGGGGGCCGGGGAGGUCCGCUGCCACAAUGCGGCAGGCCAGACGGCUGUCAAACCCCUGUAUACAGAGGUAUACGUCUCGAAUUGGGGAGUGCAGCAGCACGAGCACAGCGGGCGCUCCACAUUCUACCGCAGCUCCGCGGGGCCCCCCGUCCCUCGCUCGCCCGUACCCGCCGUGCCACCCUGCCAGCCAGAGCGGGGGGCCGCCGCCGUCGCGUGCGGCCCACGCCCGCAGCCUGGCGUGGGACAGCGAGCACUUCAUGAGCCUGCUGCCUCGGCCCGCUCGCAGCCGCACGCCGGCCCGCCUCUCCUUGCAGGAGGCCCGCCUGGCAAAGUGAGCGCCCGGGAGGAGUCGCCGUGGCGACGGCGCAGCGCCUUCGAGCCGCACGUGCCCGAGCCGCCCCUGGAUUUGGACGACGCCGACCUGCCGGUGAGCGAGGUCUGAGCUGGACUUGUAAUGACCAUGAUGGCGGCGCCGUGCGAGUUCUCCUCCGCCCAACUGUGCUCGUGUGCCAAAGACCAGGCGGUCUUCUUAGUUACCGUGGCGACCGAUGGAGACUUUUCAAGGUCAGACAACUUGCCCUCGCUUCUCUUCACUUCCACUAGCUGUGUCUCACCACAUUGGUGCUCUUCCUACUCCAGUCCACUCAUUGUGGGGAAAUAGUUCCAGGCGAGGAGGAGGAGCUUUUCUUCACAAUAAAACAGGCUAGACGGAAGAGGUUUCUUCACAAUAAAACAGGAUAGAAGGAGGUUUUCUUCACAAUAAAACAGGAUAGAAGGAGGUUUUCUUCACAAUAAAACAGACUAAAAGAAGCAAGAGGAGGUUUUAUUCACAAUAAAACACGUUAGAAGGAGGAGGUUUUCUUCACAAUAAAACAGACUAAAAGAAACAAGAGGAGGUUUUAUUCACAAUAAAACAGGCUAGAAGAAGCAAGCGCAGGUUUUUUCAACAAUAAAACGGGAUAGGAGGUUUUUUUCACAAUAAAAUAGGUUAGAAAGAAGAGGUUUCUUCACAUUAAUACAGGCUAGAAGGAGGAUGUUUUCUUCACAAUAAAACAGGCUAGAAGAAGCAAGCGCAGGUUUUUUCUACAAUAAAACAGGAUAGGAGGUUUUUUUUCACAAUAAAACAGGUUAGAAGGAAGAGGUUUCUUCACAAUAAAACAGGCUAAAAGAAGCAAGCGCAGGUUUUUUCACAAUAAAACAGGCUAGAAGGAAGAGGUUUCUUCACAAUAAAACAGACGAAAAGAAACAAUAGGAGGUUUUCUUAUCAAUAAAACAGGCUAGAAGAACAAGCGCAUGUUUUUUUCACAAUAAAACAGGAUAGAAGGAGGAGGUUUUCUUCACAAUAAAACAGGCUAGAAGGAGGAGGUUUUCUUCACAAUAAAACAGGCUAGAAGGAAGAGGUUUCUUCACAAUAAAACAGACUAAAAGAAGCAAAGGGAGGUUUUCUUCACAAUAAAACAGGUUAGGAGUAGGAUGUUUUCUUCACAAUAAAACAGACUAAAAGAAGCUCGAGGAGUUAUUCUUCACAAUAAAACCGGUUAGAAGGAGGAUGUUAUCUUCACAAUAAAACAGGAUAGAAGAAGCAAGAGAAGGUUUUCUUCACAACAAAACAGGUUAGAAGGAAGAUGUUUUCUUCACAAUAAAACAGACUAAAAGAAGCAAGAGAAGGUUUUCUUCACAACAAAACAGCAAGCAGAGGUUAUCUUCACAAUAAAACAGGCUAGAAGGAGGAUGUUUUCUUCACAAUAAAACAGGCUAGAAGGAGGAGGUUUUCUUCACAAUAAAACAGGCUAGAAGGAGGAUGUUUUCUUCACAAUAAAACAGGCUAGAAGGAGGAGGUUUUCUUCACAAUAAAACGGUAGAAGAAGCAAGCGCAGGUUUUUUUCUACAAUAAAACAGUAUAGAAGGAGGAGGUUUUCUUCACAAUAAAACAGGCUAGAAGGAAGAGGUUUCUUCACAAUAAAACAGACUAAAAGAAGCAAGAGGAGGUUUUCUUAUUAAUAAAACAGGUUAGAAGGAGGAUGUUUUCUUCACAAUAAAACAGGCUUAGAAGAAGCAAGCACAGGUUUUCUUCACAUUAAAACAGACCAGAAGAAGGCAGCGAUUUUCUUCACAAUAAAGCAGCAAGCAUAGGUUUUCUUCACAAUAAAACAGGCUAGAAAGAGGAUGUUUUCUUCACAACAGACUAAAAGUAGCAAGAGGUUUUCGUCACAAUAAAAUAGGUUAGGAGGAUGUUUUCUUCACAAUAAAACAGGCUAGAAGAAGACAGCGGUGGAUUUCUUCACAAUAAAACAGACUAGAAGAAGACAGCGAUUAUCUUCACAAUAAAGCAGCAAGCAUAGGUAUUCUUCACAAUAAAACCGGCUACAAGAAGCAAGCGGUGGAUUUAUUCACAAUAAAACAGGUUAGAAGGAGGAUGUUUUCUUCACAAUAAAACAGGCUAGAAGAAGAAGGCAGCGAUUUUCUUCACAAUAAAACGGGCUAGAAGAUGCAAGCGGUGUAUUUCUUCACAAUAAAACAGACUAAAAGAAGAGAGAGGAGGUUUUCUUCACAAAAAAACAGGCUAGAAGAAACAAGUGGAGUUUUGUUUCGCAAUAAAACAGGCUAGAAGAAGGUUUUCUUCACAAUAAAACAGACGAAAAGAAGCAAGCGGAGGUUUUCUUCACAAUAAAACAGGCUUAGAAGAAACAAGUGGAGUUUUGUUUCGCAAUAAAACAGGCGAGAAGAAGGUUUUCUUCACAAUAAAACAGACGAGAAGAAGCAAGCGCAGGUUUUCUUCACAAUAAAACAGACUAGUAGAAGACAGCGAUUAUCUUCACAAUAAAGCAGCAAGCAUAGGUAUUCUUCACAAUAAAACCGGCUACAAGAAGCAAGCGGUGGAUUUAUUCACAAUAAAACAGGUUAGAAGGAAGAUGUUUUCUUCGCAAUAAAACAGACUAAAAGAAGCAAGGGGAGGUUUUCGUCACAAUAAAAUAGGUUAGGAGGUUGUUUUCUUCACAAUAAAACAGGCUAGAAGAAGCAAGCGUUGCAUUUAUUCACAAUAAAACAGGUUAGAAGGAGGAUGUUUUCUUCACAAUAAAACAGACUAAAAGAAGCAAGAGGAGGUUUUCGUCACAAUAAAAUAGGUUAGGAGGAUGUUUUCUUCACAAUAAAACAGGCUAGAAGAAGCAAGCGCUGGUUUUCUUCACAAUAAAACCGACCAGAGGAAGAAGGCAGCGAUUUUCUUCACAAUAAAACAGGCUAGAAGAAGCAAGCGGUGGAUUUCUUCACAAUAAAACAGGCUAGAAGGAGGAUGUUUUCUUCACAAUAAAACAGGCUAGAAGAAGCAAGCGGUGGAUUUCUUCACAAUAAAACCGACCAGAGGAAGAAGGCAGCGAUUUUCUUCACAAUAAAACAGGCUAAAAGAAGCAAGCGGUGGAUUUCUUCACAAUAAAACAGGCUAGAAGGAGGAUGUUUUCUUCACAAUAAAACAGACUAAAAGAAGCAAGAGUAGGUUUUCUUCACAACAAAACAGCAAGCAGAGGUUUUCUUCACAAUAAAACAGGCUAGAAGAAGCAAGCGCAGGUUUUCUUCACAAUAAAACAGACCAGAGGAAGAAGGCAGCGAUUUUCUUCACGAUAAAACAGGCUAGAAGAAGCAAGCGGUGGAUUUCUUCACAAUAAAACAGGCUAGAAGGAGGAUGUUUUCUUCACAAUAAAACAGGUUAAAAGAAGGAUGUUAUCUUCACAAUAAAACAGACUAAAAGAAGCAAGAGGAGGUUUUCUUCACAACAAAACAGCAAGCAGAGGUUUUCUUCACAAUAAAACAGGCUAGAAGAAACAAGUGGAUUUUUGUUUCGCAAUAAAACAGGCUAGAAGAAGGUUUUCUUCACAAUAAAACAGGCUAGAAUGUUUUCUUCACAAUAAAACAGAGCAAGCAGAGGUUUUCUUCACAGUAAAACAGGCUAGAAGGAGGUUUUCUUCACAAUAAAACAGUAAGCAGAGGUUUUCUUCAUAAUAAAACAGGCUAGAAUGUUGUCUUCACAAUAAAACAGUAAGCAAAGGUUUUCUUCACAAUAAAACAACAAGCAGAGGUUUUCUUCACAAUAAAACAGGCUAGAAGGAGGUUUUCUUCACAAUAAACAGACGAGAAGAAGCAAGUGGAGGUUUUCUUCACAAUAAAACAGGCUAGAAUGUUUUCUUCACAAUAAAACAGAGCAAGCAAAGGUUUUCUUCACAGUAAAACAGACUAGAAGGAGGUUUUCUUCACAAUAAAACAGUAAGCAGAGGUUUUCUUCACAAUAAAACAACAAGCAGAGGUUUUCUUCACAAUAAAACAACAAGCAGAGGUUUUCUUCACAAUAAAACAGUAAGCAGAGGUUUUCUUCAUAAUAAAACAGGCUAGAAUGUUGUCUUCACAAUAAAACAGUAAGCAAAGGUUUUCUUCACAAUAAAACAGGCUAGAAGGAGGUUUUCUUCACAAUAAACAGACGAGAAGAAGCAAGUGGAGGUUUUCUUCACAAUAAAACAGGCUAGAAUGUUUUCUUCACAAUAAAACAGAGCAAGCAAAGGUUUUCUUCACAGUAAAACAGACUAGAAGGAGGUUUUCUUCACAAUAAAACAGUAAGCAGAGGUUUUCUUCACAAUAAAACAACAAGCAGAGGUUUUCUUCACAAUAAAACAACAAGCAGAGGUUUUCUUCACAAUAAAACAGUAAGCAGAGGUUUUCUUCACAAUAAAACAACAAGCAGAGGUUUUCUUCACAAUAAAACAACAAGCAGAGGUUUUCUUCACAAUAAAACAACAAGCAGAGGUUUUCUUCACAAUAAAACAGUAAGCAGAGGUUUUCUUCACAAUAAAACAACAAGCACAGGUUUUCUUCACAAUAAAGCAGCAAGCAGAGGUUUUCUUCACAAUAAAACAACAAGCAGAGGUUUUCUUCACAAUAAAACAACAAGCAGAGGUUUUCUUCACAAUAAAACAACAAGCAGAGGUUUUUUUUCACAAUAAAACAACAAGCAGAGGUUUUCUUCACAAUAAAACAGGCGCUGGUGUCCAACUGGUGGUGCGUUCAGGACAGUUUUACACCUCUAUCUCAGAAGUUAGCGUAAGUUGUGUCUCACCGACCUUUACCUUGGGUUGUUCCCCACUUGAGGAGCCAAAGCAGCUAGCAGAAGUGAAGAGAAGAGAAGAGAAGGUGCAGGUGGUGUGACUCCAGUGACCACUAAGUGCCAAGAAGAAAAGGGAUCAUGUCUCCCAGGACUGGACUGAAUAAGCUGAGUGCUUCUUAACACUCCCUGACACUGGAUCUCAUUUACCUGCCAGUGUUUUCCUUUUGGACACCUGCAACCAGGCAUCAUAUCAACGUGUGUGUGGCGGCCAUCUUUGAUUUUCUAACCUGCACUCAGAGCCUGUACGGUACAACAUGGCGUCACAAACUGUCUAACUUCAAACACUCCUGCUUUUGGGGGGGGGUGGGCAUCCCGACUGAUUGGAAAGUUGGGAAUUGCAAACAUCCAUUUGUGCAAGGACUGCCUACCAGUUGAUUUAGUGCACUACUAUGCUGGCUAAAGAUGGUUAACGGCUAAAGCAGUAAUGGAAUAAUUGUUCAGACUACAAGAUGAUUACAGGGAUUGUGUGGCCAUCCCUAAUCACUAUUUCUACAUCCUCUGUGUGUGUGUGUGUUGUGUUUGCAGACUCAAAGUGAUUUAUAGGACAUUUGUAAACGCAAUAUAGUCAAUGUGUUCUAGUAGCAGGCAGUUGCCAAACAAAUGUACAGUACUCACUAAACACCCGGAUUCAUUCCACAUCCAAGCUAUUUGAACCUGCUCCAAUCUGGUGUCAUUGUUCUGAGAUCUAUUUAUUAUGUGGAGGAAAUAAACCCUUGAACAUG